AUGGGUGAAGGAACGGCAGGGCAUGCCGGGGACUUCCGUGUGGUCUAUCUUAAUGACGCACACCGCAACAUCGAAGCCGGCUACUGCAAUAACUUCAUCGUUACGUCCAAAUACACCAUCGCGAGUUUCUUACCAAAGUUCCUAUUUGAGAGCUUUCGUAAACUCUCCAAUCUCUACUUCCUCGUCAUCUGCAUCCUGCAAUGCAUCCCUGAGAUCAGUAACACGAAUGGAAAUCCUUCGACGUUACCUCCACUAGUUUUCAUCAUCACGGUUGAUGCCGUGUUCGCUAUACUCGAAGACCACAAGCGUCAUCAAGCCGACAAUAUUGCCAAUGCAAGUCCAACCCUCGUGCUUGAUCGCGAAACUAAUACAUUUAAAGAGGUCACGUGGGCUGACGUCGUGGUUGGCGACAUUAUCAAAGUUACCAACCGUGGACUGGUACCGGCCGACAUGCUCGUGCUGGCGGUGAGUGAAAUUCCGAACCAGUCACCGUGUGGUAUUUGCUACGUUGAAACGAAGUCGUUGGAUGGAGAAACCAAUAUGAAAGUCCGAUCUGCCAUGGAAUGCACACUUGCAGACAUGGGCUCAGUUGACAAUUUGCUAAGAAUGAAAGGUGCCAUUCGGUGUGAGCACCCGAACAAUGCCAUCAACAGUUUUCAAGGUGUACUCGAGCUCGAGGGAAAGGAAAAGGCUUCCAUUCCGUAUGAAAGUAUUAUCCUACGUGGAUGUAUCAUUCGCAACACCGACUGGGUGCACGGUGUGGUCUUCAACACCGGCAAGGAUACGAAGAUCAUGAUGAGUAACUCUGCCCCUCCAUCAAAAAUGAGCUCAAUGGACCGGUCUAUUAACCAGUACACGGUCGUGUUGCUGGCGAUUUUGGUCAUCUUCAGUGCGGUUGGUGCUACAGGAGCGGUGACAUGGAAGACAAACCAUGACUCCUUGUGGUACCUCCAGCUGACCGCGUCAGAAAACAGCGUCGUCGUGGACUGGAUCAUCAUGUGGUUCUACUACUUGUUACUCAUGUACCAGUUUGUUCCCAUUUCGCUAGCUGUCUCCAUGAGUAUGGUUAAAUAUCUCCAAGCUCAGUUUAUCCAAUGGGACAUCAACAUUUACCAUCCUGACACGGACACGCCGACACUAGUUCGCUCUAUGUCGCUAAAUGAGGAGCUUGGGCAGAUUUCGUACAUUUUCUCGGAUAAAACUGGUACUCUCACUUGCAACGUUAUGGAAUUCCGAAAAUGUUCAAUUGGUGGCGUUUCCUACGGCAACGGAACUACGGAAAUUGGGUUAGCAGCUCUCCGACGUGCUGGCAAACCUCUUCCAGACAUGACUACUCAAUCAAAAGGACCCAAGGUGCCGUAUGUGAACUUCGACGGUCCAGAGUUGUUUAACGAUAUGAAAGGCAACUCGGGAUCAGUUCAGCAAGGACGCAUCGAUGCGUUCUUCACGCACCUGGCGGUGUGCCAUACCGUCAUUCCGGAACGUCAUGAGAAUUCGUCAGAAAUCACGCUUUCGGCUUCUUCUCCUGAUGAGCAAGCUCUGGUUGCAGGUGCAGGCUUCUUUGGAUACGAAUUUGUGAAUCGAUCUCCUGGUGUAGCUCAUGUCAAAGUCCACGGAACUGUUCAAAAAUACGAGAUGCUGGACGUGCUGGAAUUCAACAGCACUCGAAAGCGCAUGAGCACCAUUAUUCGCCACCCGAACGGCCGGAUCUUUUUGUACUCGAAAGGCGCUGAUGUGAUCAUUUAUGGCCUUCUCGAGAAGGACAAUGAGGAAGAAUCGACUUCUUCUCAGCUUCAGGAGAUCACCCGGCGGCAUAUCGACCAGUACGCUGAAGAUGGACUUCGCACACUUACGAUUGCUGUUCGUGAAAUUGAUCCUUCAUAUUAUGCGGAGUGGGCAACACGCUUCCAUGACGCCCAAAACAACCUAAAUGAAAUCGACAAGCGCAAAAAGGACCUCCCGAACGAGAUUGACGCUUGUAUGAAUGAGAUCGAGUGCGACUUGGAGCUGCUAGGAGCGACUGCUAUCGAAGACAAGCUGCAAUCAGGAGUCCCUGACACGAUCGCCAAUUUAGCGUCUGCUGGAAUCAAAAUUUGGGUGCUCACAGGCGACAAAGAGGAGACUGCCAUCAACAUCGGCUUUGCUUGUCAACUUGUUACCAACGAUAUGAAGCUCUUUAUCAUCAAUUCAAAGAAUGCGCCGACCGCAGAGAUACUCGAAAGCACUCUGAGAGAUGAAAUUGGAGUUCGUAGUGGUGAUGUCACGGUCUACUUUGCUUCACCGCCGAGUACCAGAGGUGAACUGCGGGAGUUGGCUCUAGUCAUUGAUGGUGAGACUCUCAUGUACGCUCUCCGUGGAUCAUGUCGUCCACUUUUGGCCGAGUUCUCUCAGUACUGCAAAGCUGUUAUCGCGUGCCGAGUGUCACCAGCUCAGAAAGCUGAAAUGGUUGCUCUGAUCAAGGAAUAUGUACCUGGUGUUCGAACUCUCGCUAUCGGAGAUGGAGCCAACGACGUAUCAAUGAUCCAAGAAGCCCACAUUGGUGUCGGUAUUUCAGGUCAGGAAGGUAUGCAGGCAGUGAACUCGAGUGACUACGCAAUUGCACAGUUUCGCUUUUUACAGCGUCUGCUGCUUGUACACGGUCGCUGGAACUACCGACGCAUGGCUCAGCUGGUGCUGUACAUUUUUUAUAAGAACAUUCUCUUCACCGCAGCUCAGUACUGGUACACUCUUUUGUGUGGAUUCUCCGGGCAGAAGUUCUUCCUGGAGAGCGGUACCCAGCUGUACAACAUUUGUCUUACUGCGAUCCCUAUCGUUGCACUCUCGAUCUUGGAUCAAGAUGUCAGCGAUGAUGUGGCCAUGACGUUUCCAAAACUUUAUUUUACAGGACCUCGUGAUGAAGACAUCAACACUCGUGUUUUUACGCUAUGGGUCGUGGGUGCAAUUGUGGAAAGUGUCAUCAUCACGUUCAUCACGCUUCACAGCUUGCAAAGCGCGGGUUAUGCUGGUGCAAGCCCGACGAUGUGGUUGGAAGGCUUCCUGGUCUUCACCCUUGUUGUAUCUAUCGCCAACUCGAAGUUGUUCAUGUUCCAGAAUAGUUUCCAUUUCUUCAACUACGUUCUCUACAUUGGAUCAGUGUUGAUGUGGCUCCUGGUCGCCUUGGUAUGCAGUCACAUUUACUUCCUCUCGGAUCUCACGUGGGAAUUCAUGCUGGAACAAGCGUUUGUGCUUCCAUCGUUCUGGUUAAUUUAUCUGUUUGUUCCGGUGGCUGCACUCUCGUAUGCACAUUUACUUAACGGCAUCAAAUCGACGUUCUUCCCGGAGUACUGGCAUCUCGCGAAGGAGGUCACAAAAUUCAACCUUGACCGCAAACUUUUGCAAUGGAAUGACAAUAGUAACGCGUCAGUGGCAGUACCGGCUCGGCUUCCCCAUACGAAAAGGGCCGCCAAGAAAAGUGGCUCCAUCAUUCCAACCAACGGCCGAACCCAGCAGCACAGGACGACACUACAGAAGGGAUAUCAUGGUUUUGCCUUCUCCAAAGACGGAUACGCUGGGGCAACAGAGACUCGGUUACUCAUGAGUCGAAGCUCUAUCACGAGUACAACAUGA